UCUUCAGUUCUGAUGCAACAUGGCUGGGCUCAGGAAGCAUAAGAAGUACAACUGGAAGGAGACCAAUCUUUCUUUCUUUGGCUCUGACUUGGAGAAGGAAAUCAAGAAAGCCAGUGCACAAGGUGAGGAUGCCUGGAAAGGAGCUGGUCAGAAGGAAGGACUGAAAGUUUGGAGGAUUGUAAAAUUCAAGGUGACUCACUGGCCUAAGGCUGACUAUGGAAAGUUCUAUGAUGGGGACUCGUACAUUAUUCUCAACACAUAUCGAAAGGAUCCAUCUAGUCCGGCUCUCUCUUGGGAUGUCCAUUUUUGGAUUGGCAAGUACUCCACUCAAGAUGAAUAUGGUACUGCGGCGUACAAGACUGUGGAGUUGGAUCACUUUUUGAACGAUGCAGCUGUACAGCACAGAGAGGUGCAAAGUCACGAAUCACAGCUGUUCAAAUCUUACUUCAAGAGAAUCAUUCUCUGGAAGGGAGGAGCCGAGUCUGGGUUCAACCAUGUGGAGCCUGAGAAGUACGAACCCAAGUUGCUGCACUUUAAGGGGAGGAGGGACAAUGUAAUGGUGGAGGAGGUAACGCUCCGACGCAAGUACCUCAACUCUGGAGACGUGUUUAUUCUCGAUCUGGGACUCCACCUCAUUCAAUGGAAUGGCAAAGAGUCGAAUAAAGACGAGAGGUCAAAGGCAGCUGAGUACAUGAUCUCAGUCAAGUCUGACAGAAGUGGGAGGCCGAAACUGGAAACUGUCGAUGAGGAUGGUUUGGAGGAGUCCCACACCUUCUACCAGAUGAUCCCCCCUGGACUCUUCGGGUCAAAAAAACCAAGACGAGCUGCAGAGGGUGGCGAUGAUGAUACAGUGAAGACAUUUACCAAAGUGCUUUACAGAGUCCACGAGAAGAAAGGUCAUGACAUCUCCUUCAAAGAGGUUGCCAGGGGACGUAUGAGCACUGGCUUUCUGGACCCUACUGAUGUAUUUAUCUUGGAAACUGGUUUCCAUGUCUACGUGUGGAUUGGCAAGGAAGCCACGUCACAUGAAAAGGGGUCAGGACUCACGCUAGCACAUGAGCACGUGAAGCACAGCAAGCAUCCGUUCUUGCCCAUCACCAGGAUAUCCCAGGGACCACACAACGCUCAAUUCGAGGCUUGCUUUGAAGACCAUGACCCAAUUGGGAGCAAGAGUGAACACGAGGGAGACUGUGUUAUUCUCUAGAUAUCGAUAAUCAAUGACAUGAUUAUAGACUAUACCGAUGUGUACUAUACCGAUGUGUACUAUACCGAUGUGUACGUGUUAUAGUAGCCUCAAACUGGACAUUGUAAUAAUGAAUGAUAAAUGUUAAUUUUGCUA